GAGUUUAGAGGGAACAGUCAGGAAAACAAACAGGUCGAACGAAGAAAUAUCAGUAACCGGUCUGUUGAAGAGGUUAUUUCACGGGGAAUGGUUUGUUUUCAUGCAUUUGUUAAUCCAUGCAUGUAGUUUUUUCUACACAUAUUCGUGCUUUCGAAUAUCGUUAGUUUUGACCCGUGCUAGCAGCAGAGUAUGUUGCCGCUUUCUAACAUUUGGUUAGGGUUUAUGGAGCACGUAGUCUAUCCGCUGCGGUGUUGUGUUUUUCAUGUCAGUGUUUAUCAAUUCUAACUCGACGUCCAUAGAUAGACAUUGACCACAUUCCGCUUUAAAUUCGGUGCUAAAUAUUGAUCGCUAUGCAUACGAGGCGUUUAGUGAAGCGUUCAAUCCUGGGGAGCCGGGUGUAUGCGCCGAGUCCGACUGGGGACGGGGCUCCGUUGACAGGACUGGUACAGGCUGUCAAGCAGGAAAACAGAGACGUUUCAACCGGACCUCGGCGUAACGUCUACACGGUACUAAUGCAAGACGGAAGCCUGAAAGAAUUCUCCGAGGACGAGAUAGCCGUGGGCUUCAACCAAACGACCGCGAAAGGACCGCUCAAAUCCAGCUUGAAGCAGAGCUCCAGUAACGGCCGGGGGGACGGGACUCCAAACCAGGGCCAGAACGGGGAGGCCAACUCCCUGAGCCCAGAUGCGGUGGAGGGGGAGCGGGCAGUGGAUGGCAGGAGGACAGGGCGCACCUUGGAGGGUCCUGAGAGGGACCACACCCGCUCUGUCUCCCUGCUGGACCAGAAACGUAAGGUGGUGUCAUCCAGCAUCGAUGUGCCCCAUGCCAGGAAGUCAGAGGAGGAAGUGGACAUGGACAAGGUGACAGCUGCCAUGGUUCUGACCAGCCUGUCCAGCAGUCCACUGGUCAGGAGCCCCCCAGUCAAAGUCAGCGAGGGUCUGAAUGGCUCGUGGAAGGAGAGUGGUGGGCUUCACCCCUCCAGUUACAGCAGUAGUGGCUAUUGGAGCUGGAGCGGCCCUAGUGACCAGUCCAACCCGUCCACCCCCUCCCCACCGCUAUCUGCAGACAGCUUCAAGCCCUUCCGCAUGUCCAGCGUCAACGGCCCGCCCCCCGACGACGCCAUCGACGAACAGGAUGGCAGCAGCCUGCUCUUCGACGAGCCAAUCCCACGCAAGCGCAAGAACUCCAUGAAGGUGAUGUUUAAGUGUCUGUGGAAAAACUGUGGGAAGGUUCUGAGCACGGCUGCUGGGAUACAGAGACACAUCCGGACCGUUCACCUGGGGCGUAACUGUGACUCUGACUGCAGUGACGGAGAGGAGGAUUUCUACUACUCGGAGAUCAAACUCAACACAGACUCAGUGGCUGACGGUCUGAGUAGCCUGUCCCCCGUCUCCCCCUCCGUACUCUCCCCCAUCUCUCCCCCCCAUGACCACCACAGACGACCCCCUGCAGAGGGCAGCAACGGGACCAAUGGGAACAAGGAUAAUCACAGCCACACCCACUCCAACAGCACGCCCCUCAGUCGCUCUGCCCCCAGCGCCCUCUACCUCAUCCACGCAGAGCACGCUUACCAGGCCACAGCUCCAGUCACCAUCCCCUUCUCUGGCUCUGCUGCCUCAGGCUCUGCUGCCUCCACCUCCUUCACCCCCAGCAGCAGCUCGACCUUCAGUAUCUCCUGGCAGUCACCUCCUGUCACCUUCACUGGCACUGCUGCAUCUCCCACCCACAGUCGGACACAGAGCUUUGGGGAGCAGCGGUCCCAGACAAUAGCAGUCCUCUCCUCCCCUCCCAGAGCCACUGGCUCACUCAGCCGUAAGUCCCGUGGCGAGGGUAAGAAGUGUCGUAAAGUGUACGGGAUGGAGAACAGGGACAUGUGGUGCACUGCCUGUCGAUGGAAGAAAGCCUGCCAGAGAUUUACCGACUGAACCAACCAAGUAACCGACCAACCGUGAGGGUUCCCCGUGGGAACCAGGGAUGUUCCUUUCUGUUCCCGUCCUACGCAUGCGUUGUCACUCCAAAACCAACGUUGUCACACCCUUCUACAGUCCUGGUCCACUCCACCCCAACCAUAACCCGACCCCUCCUGACCCACCCCAGCAGGACCAAGGGGGUGGAGCCUCCUACUGUUCUGAGUAUAUCCCAAGCUAACUCCAGCUCCCUCCCAAGACUUCCAACCGGGGAACAAAAAUAACCUCCGACCUAAUUGUCAGGUCAGCCAUGAAGGGACCAGAAAAGAGGCAAAUUUUGUUCCAGAACAUCUCAGUAUUUAAAAAAAAUUGAGAAUGGGCUUUUUUUUGCUUUGAGAGAAGGUCAUAAUAAAAAGAGAACAGGGAAAAAUCAUUGUUUCCCAUGUAGACUCCUUCUUUCCCCACUGGCCUGCUUCUUCUACUGGGUGCUCUGGAUCUCUACAACCACAGGCCCCCUCUCUUCCCCGUCCUCACCCCAGGGAAUGUAUCUUGUGUCUGGACUCGGCAGGGGGAAGAGGGAGGGGUGGAUAGCACCCCCUAGUGGGGUUAAAUGGAUCAAUGCAACAACAGCAAAAAUACAAAUACACAUUCGGGGUGCAGAACAGACCAACCUUGCCAGCAGCAAUGAGCCCUACACCCCAACACUGCAUCACAACCACAACACAGGACCACACAGUUUUCUAUCUACAUUUUAUAUAUAUAUCCAGUUGACUGAAGCUAAAAAGGGUCAUUUUCUUUCAGGGAGUGUUGAUCAAAAGAAAGGAAACAUUUCAAUAUAGUUAUUUACAGUGAGGGUUUUGGUCACAUGAUAUUUACUUGCAACCAAAAAGGUUAUUUGUAAUUUUUUUUUAGGUGCCAUUUUCCCUAAUGUUGUUAUUUCUCUGUAUCUAUUCUUCUUGGUGUAUUGAAAGCACAAAAGGACUGUUUUUGCUCACUAAGAACUCAAAACAUUACACCCCUCCCACACACUUUGGGGCAAAACAAUCAACCGACUUAAAAUGGGUCUGCAUACAAGUUCUCCUCUUCUUCCAUCCGGAGUUAGUUCGUAUUUCUAACGGUUUGUUUACGGGCGCCAUACUUUACCAAAGCCCGUAGGUCCCCAAAGCCCGUAGGUCCCCAAAGCCCGUAGGUCCCCAAAGCCCGUAGGUCCCCAAAGCCCGUAGGUCCCCAAAGCCCGUAGGUCCCCAAAGCCCGUAGGUCCCCAAAGCCCGUAGGUCCCCAAAGCCCGUAGGUCCCCAAAGCCCGUAGGUCCCCAAAGCCCGUAGGUCCCCAAAGCCCGUAGGUCCCCAAAGCCCGUAGGUCCCCAAAGCCCGUAGGUCCCCAAAGCCCGUAGGUCCCCAAAGCCCGUAGGUCCCCAAAGCCCGUAGGUCCCCAAAGCCCGUAGGUCCCCAAAGCCCGUAGGUCCCCAAAGCCCGUAGGUCCCCAAAGCCCGUAGGUCCCCAAAGCCCGUAGGUCCCCAAAGCCCGUAGGUCCCCUAUCCGCUCAAUUUUCCCUUUCCUUUCCAAUACCAAAAGUGAAGCAAGAACUUUUAUUGUAUGUGUGUGACGUGAAUGAACAGUUGUAAAGGCGGUUCCUGUUGGGUCGGGGUGAACAUCUCACUCUCUCUCACCCUACUCACUCUUGUGUUGACCUUCCAGGUCUGAGAGAAUAGUGGUGAAGUAAGCAUGGUAACAUCACCUGUACCAUACUGUGGCCGGUCCAGCCCAGACCUCCUUGUUGGAAAAUGGGAAGCUUUUUGGGAGAUUUCUUUAACUCGGCACACUGCACUCACUCCAGCUCGGCCAGCACAUCACUCUAUGGGCUUCAUAAGUAGGAAGAAACUGUGUGAUUGAUGGGUGGCAGAGGCCGGUCCACUGGUGCAGCUACCUGAUUGGUUAUGUGGACCUGGCUGUCCCCACCCACUCCACUUCCUCCUGAUGAGACUGGCCACCUGGUUGGCUUGGACGCGGGAGGUUGACUCACUUUGAAAGGGACAUUACUGUACGUGGUAGAUUAUGAACUCUUACGGAAUCACUCUGUUGUCACCUAGCUAGUUCUCUCUGUCUGUCUGCUCAGACACUCUGGCUGUUCUAAGGCUGCCCACCGCAAGCCUUCUUCCAAAGUGUGGACUUGCACAUUUCCGGUCAUGGAUUUAACAAUGGUGUGAACUCUCUCCUGCCAGUUUUUUACACCAAUCCUAUGCUUUUAAAUCCAUGAAUGCACAUUUUGGGACACAGCCUGAAACUCUUAUAUGAAGGUCAAUAUAACAAGGUCAAAGAAGUACACACAAAGAAAGAAGUCAACACACAGUCCAACACCAGCUAUAUAAACACACUAGUAAACCCACUCUGUUCACAACCCAGCUUCCUCCGUACCUCCUCCGGGAUUAUAUAGCCUUUAUUUCUCUCAACCCUUUUCUAUUUUUGUCUUUUUAUCAGAAUGUUUAUGUAGAUGGAGCUCUGAUUUGACUGUUUAUUAAGUUAAAUGUUAUCCACUUUCUAUCCUCCACCCAAUGGACGAGUUCAGUAUAACGCCAAGAAGGGUGACCAUAGUUUAAGUGUUAUAUCAUUCAUUCAAGUGUAGGCUAAACCAAUGUUGUCGACAUGGUAUGGCCUCGGUCGUACAUUCAAAGUCACUGUGCUUUUAAAUCAUGUCAUUGGAGUUUCUGCAAGAUUAAACUAUAUUUAGAUCAGUGAUGGGCACCUGGUAGCCCACUGCCCCCCUUCUGAAGGACCUCGGAUACAUUUUUGGGGGAACUCAGUCGGGUCUCAACUUACUGUUGAGAGUUAGAAUAGUAGAAUACACCAGGUGCAAUUUCAACAUGUGGUUGUGCAUCAGCAGUUUUUCUCUUGUUAUGUCAGUCACUCAGUCACUCAAUUAGCCCAUAUCAGCUCAAAUGUUUAGCGACCAGUUAUCUAGACUUGUUAUCAUGGUGGAAUGACUGGCCGGGGGCUCCUCCAUUGAUUUUGUUAGUCAGUCUCACUCAGAUAUAUCAUAUUAAAUCCUGCAAACAUUUCUCUCCACACUAUGGCAAAAUGUCUAGAAUUGCAGGAAAUUAGAUGCAAAACAUCAAAAUCUUCUCUUGCCCCAUGGCAAAAUGUCUAGAAUUGCACGAAACUCACAUAAAAAAAAAUCUCUCUCCUCUGUCAAGAAUGUUUUGCUCGCGGUGUGGGGGGGUAUGGAUGUUUGUACGCAGACCCCCCACCAUCAUCAUCGUUGCCCAUCCUGACCCAGAGGAUCUAAAACUGCCAUUUUAUUAUGUCAACAGAUUGUGGUUUAAAAAAGCCUCAUGUACACAUGCUUACGGAGGAACAGAUGGAUCUGUCUGUUCUACUGCUAAAGGAAGACUGUGGUUAUUGUAACCCUGCAGCUCUUAGGAGAAUACUGUCAGCUUGUUUUGUUACAGUAGGUGAACCCCACAACCUAAUCUCUCUCUCUCUCUCUCUGUCUCUGUCUCUCUCUCACACACACACACACACUGUAACCCUCUAUAAUAUCUAUCUGCCAGUGUCAUUUAGCAGUUGGAGAAAGACACCUGAUUAAAAACCUUUGUCUUA